AUGCUAGGCGCCGUCAGUUCCUUGUCGCCAACAUUGUUAGAUGUUGUCGCAGGAGUUUCGCUCCAUCUUUUUGUCCUUCGACAUGGAGAAUGGGAUUUCACUCUACCAGUUCUGGUUGUAAACUGCAUCGGAGCUUCAAUACUUGCUGUGACUGCUGGUGUACUAUUGCUUUAUAGUCAACUCGAUAUUUUCUGGGCUUGGCUCUCAGAAAUAGGCGUACAUGUCACAAAAAUCACCGCGGGUCUCUGUAUGAGCAUUUUCAUAUAUCGAUGGCGUUUUCAUCGUCUGCACAAGUUUCCCGGCCCUCUUGGGUCUCGCUUCUGGACCGCAUAUAUAAUGUGGAAGUCUGCGAAGAGCAAGAAUGCGUUUGAGAUGGUUGCUGACUAUCACCGUCAAUACGGAGACUUUGUCCGAAUUGGCCCUGCGGAACUGUCUAUUUGCCAUCCGGAUGCUAUUGAUGCCAUUCACUCGUCGAAGUCAUCUUGUAUCAAGAGCCCGUGGUAUGAUAUUUUGCAGCCACAUCGGUCCGUGUUUGGGACUCGAGAUCGAGCAGAGCAUCAACGGCGUCGCCGCAUAUGGGACCAUGCAUUUCGCCCCGCGGCCCUGAAGGAAUAUGAGCCCUCGAUGCGGACUUGCGUGGAUCAGUUAGUCGAGAAAGUUAGUGUUAAUGCAGCCUCUGGGAACCCGGUCAAUAUGACCAAGUGGUUUGGCUGUCUUAUGUUCGAUAUUAUCGGAGAACUCUCGUUCGCGGAAUCCUUCGGCACCCUGGUGGAGGAGAAGCCGCAUUACAUGAUGGACUAUCUGCACCAGUCGAAUGUGUCGACUGGGAUCAUGAUUCGCGCCGUGUGGAUCAUCAUGGUUUUUCGCAGUAUUCCCAUUCUAAACAGGGGUUUGCAGCAAUUUCUGGAAUUUUCUGAGACAGCAAUGGAGAAGAGACUGAAGAGAAAUGAUGAGCCUCGUGAUAUCUUUGCGUGGCUCUGGAGCGAGUUUUCUACAAAGUCAACCCAGUCUCUACAAGCUAGGCGGAACCUGAUUGCCGAUGCUUCGUUGUCAGUGUUUGCUGGCAGUGAUACGGUUGCCAUUACAAUGACAGGAAUCCUGUAUUAUAUGAUGGCCUACCCGGACUACCAAAAACAACUGCAAGGAGAGUUUGAUCAGGCUGAAGAAAGUAGUGGUAUGUUGGAAAUGCAAGAUCUAGCAAAACUACCACUCUUCAACGGCAUCAUCAACGAGGGAUUACGACUUCACUACGCUGGGCCGUCUGGCUUUCCACGAAUCACACCACCAGAAGGAAUUAAAGUGGGAGGAACAUUUAUUCCUGGUAAUGUUAACGUGAAGGUCCCAUUCUACACAGUCUUCAGGGAUGAGCGGAAUUUCAGGAACCCCGAUGAGUUUAUUCCGGAGCGCUGGUUCAGCCAUCGUGAUCUCGUUCGCCGUCCUGAAGUUUUUGCUCCAUUUUUGAUGGGUCCAUACAACUGUGUUGGCAAGCAUGCUGCUCUGAUGCAAAUCAGAUGCACAAUUUAUUCUAUUUUCCGCCAAUUUGAGGCACAACCAACCAGCCAAGAUGAACUCCAGAAGUACUGGAAUGCACGUUCGGAUGGAUUCAGUAUGGGGAUUGGCCCCCUUCCUACCAUUUUCAAAGAGCGACCUGGUCGAGAGGUUAAAAAUUAA